GCUCGCACUUAGCUCACGCAUCAAGAGUUUUAUUUUCAGAUGAACUGACUCCGAGUACAGUUCUCCUAGACCCUAGUGUAUACUUUCCCUGAUAUAAACCCAUGUUGGAGAACUGCCAACCCGUCCCGGAGAUUUUACAGAGAUAAAUUUACAAUGUAAAAGCUGCAUUGGUGCAGUCUUAGAAGUGAUUGUUAUAUAGUGAGCUUGUGCAUAUUAAUAUUAAAUUCAUCAAGACAGGAGGCAAAGAUACAGAGAGAGAAUCAGGGUUUCGGGAUGAAAUUUGAACCCGGACUUUUUCUUGACGUGAUUAUAUUCCUGUUUCUAGGAUAACAAAAUUUGGUUUAGCGUGUGGGGGUGGGAGGAGAUAGAAUGACUGUGUGAGAGAUUAAUAUAUUGCCAUAUGUUUGGGCAAAUAUGACGUAAUCUUGAGCAUCUCAUUAAACCAAGCCGGGUUCAGGUUAGAACAGGUGUCAGGGGUGCACCCAGAGAUAUGGAGAGAGGAGGGAGGAAACCUAACGGAACCAACGGGUCCCGGGAUAUCUACACACAGUUAAUAAACAACGACAUGGUGAAGGAGCUGGACGAUAUUGAAGCUAUAUCUCAGCAGAUCUCCCAGCAUGCCGAGGUUCUCUAUAAUUCAUGGAAAAACAACGGAGUGAGUCAGAAUCCUGUUCAGUAUAAACUCUCUUCAGCCCAGUCCGUCUCACCCUCUCUAGACGAAACUAGUAAUCCUCUCUCCAGGGAUCUAAGAGAACGGGGAGGAACUAGUUCUCCAAGAUUAGAGAACGGAGGAGUUCCCAACAGGAACCAGGCCCCCUUCAACUCUAUUCCCGCCGGAUACAGGAACGGUGGGGAUACAGGAGUGAGUAAUAAAUUCCCCAGUGAAUCCUACGGCAGUUUGGAUCGACAAUAUAGUUCGGUUCGGCCGCAACCAAGCUUCUCCACCAAUAGUUUAGAUAGACACGGCUCAUACCCGGAGAGAAAUCCGCCCUUUAAUAGGAAUUCGAACUCCUCCUCGCCCCGGAACUCCACAUUAUCCUCUCCAACCUCCUCAACACGUGAGUCUCCCUCGAAAGGAUCCUCUAUAACGCAUAUAUCUCCGUCCUCCAACACUGAUGUUGGUCCUCUAGAACUCCUAGCCUCGCCUAAUCUAACCGGAAACCUAGAAGAAUUAGUCACUAGUUUUGUGAGUACUGAUAGAGCUAAACAAGCAGCUAGAAAUACAAUAUCUUCAACUAUUAUGCGCAGGUUGGGUUCUCCGAACGGAUCUGCAUCUCCUGUCCGGAGUCCUUCUCCCACCCCAACCCUAACCUAUAGAGGAGCUUCACCACUACGGAGCCCAAUGUUGACUAAUUCUAUCCGGUCUGUAGGUUCUCCGGAUCCUUUGUCUCCUAAACCUUCCUCUUCAAGCAUGUUUCCUAGUGAUAUAUUGAACCCAAUGAGUGUGACGGGUUCAAACAUAAAUGAUUUUAUCCAUGCCCCCAUGCAAUCCAUAUUUUCUAAAGACAAUGGACGAAUGUCUCCGUCAAUUCAAUCUCCCAUGACACAAUCUCCAUCACAUAAAAGUCCCAUGAUCCAAUCUCCAGGAAUAAGAUCUCCCGGAGUUCAGUCUCCGGGUUUUAAAUCUCCUCUAAGUCCAUUACAAGCUCAGAAAAGUUCUCAUGUCCAAUCUCCGAACUUGAAACCUUCUCUAGACCAACCAGAUUCAAUCCCAAUCCCAGUUAAGGUGAUCUCAAGCCCUAGUUCUAGUCAGGGCCUAAAAUCUCCCUCCGUCCUUCAAAGUGUUCACAAAAACCCUUUUCAGUUUCCCCUGGAGAAACCAGUGAUUGAACACGAACCAAUGCCCAACCUAUUUGAUCAGUUUGGGACGGUUCGGGACCAGGAUGAGAAUAUCAUGGCUAUGAGACGACGGUUUGAGGAGGCCAAGCAAAGGAUGGCUCUGUCUCUUCCAGCUCGAGAAGGUGGAUUACGUCCUAACAGUUUAAUUGCCCGGAGUAUGUUUGACAGUGAUAAAUUCUCCCCUUGGGGGGAUGAUGCAUCCUCCUUCCUAUUGGAGCAGCUUCGUCGGAAAAACAAAAGGAGAAUGGAAACUCCAGCUGCUCCUCAUCCAGAGCUUACACCGCAGCAGAAGCAACAUAUUUUUGAACGCAGCUCCACACCCUCCACUUUGCAACCUGGAGCUCCCAUGAGACGGAUGCUCCCUGGAGGAUCCGUGGCUGAGCGUGUUCUAAUGUUUGAGAAGAGUCCGUCCUUGUUUGGUUUGGAUCCGGGUCAAGGAACACGUGUUCUACCUAUACGCCGGGAACCAAUGUUGACCGGCACAGCGCUCACACCCUGGAGAAGUCAGACUCAUGAAAAUCAGAAUAAACAGAUAAAGAAAGAGCGAAUAGUUCCAAUUUCCCGUCUAGAGGCUGCCCCUCUAGCUAUCCAGCCCACAAUAGGUGUGGCCAGACCAAAUAUAAUCCUAGCCCCGCCCCCUCAAACCUUCCCUAGGCAGCGACAGCAACCUUCCACCACCUUCAGACCUCCUUCCCUUCACCUACCUGGGAAAGAAGAAAUUCCUAGGUAAA